UCAGGCUCUCACUGUUACCCUGGUGUUUGAAUCGGUGACACGCGUGUUAAUUCUGUGUUGUAGAAGAAAGCAAACAUUCUCAUGGCUUAUCAUAGACUGUAAACAUCGUAGAGAAAACUUAUUUACGAGCCUUUAGAGCUAAGGCGAAGACUUCUUCGUUCACCACUAUGGCUCUCGUGAUGUCCUGGGUGUGCAUUGUGUGUGUGGUGUUAGGAGGCACGCUGGGACGCGCCUCACAGGAAGCUGAAUUUGGACUUUCAAUUCAUCCAAUUUUCUCCUCGUCAGUAUAUAUUGCGAAGGAACCAGAGACAUUUAAGGACCUGCCAGCAGUGAAGGGCCUGGAAGUGGAAGAGAUAUUGGCAAAAGAGUGCGAAAUCCUGAAUACCACAGAAUCUGGACGUGGCCUUCAUAUGCUUAAGAUUGUGCCAAGAAGGUCCUUCUCCUUCUUUGUGAAACCAGAGCCUUCUUUUAAGAGACUCGUGUUCAAGCUAACUCUGCAGGGCGUCAUGUUUAUCUCGCAUGAAUUUUACUCGGAUGAAGACCUCACGCUCGACGCUGAGGACCUAACUUCUUCAGAAGGCAGCCAGUGGACAAAAGUGAGAGUAGAGCACUACCAAUUCAAGCGACGAGGAUUUGAUCGCCACGCCUUUAAGAUAUCCUUCGGGAACACAACGUUGCGCCGCGAGACGACUGACUCAUGGCUUCUAAAUGGUUUCCAAGAUUUCACCAUGUUCAGUAAGGGAGGUGCCAUAGUCGUCUUCAACUGUGACCCAGAAGAUUUCAACAGACCUUCGGUAGAAAACUACGUGAUCUACAGCACGUGGGUGAUGGCGGGACUCAUGAUCGUGGCCACGUUCCUGCUGGCUGCUCUGUGUUGUGUGUGGUUACGCCUGAAACAUCAGAGGAAGGAACGCUCCUCAUCCAUUAAGUAUCCAAUUUAUGAUGAGUUUGGCGAGGAGGUUCUGGAACGGGUCAGGCAGAAGGUCGAGGCUCUUCGAAAUGGCAAGCAUGUGAAGGAUCCUGACACGGUGAUCGUCAGCUACCCGCCACGAAAGGAGAAUCUCUACGUGGUGGACAUAUCAGGUUAUGGAGAGACAGAUGGAGUCCGUGCCGAGGAUCACCAGUAUGAGGAUAUUGAGAAAUACUACAAACACUCGAGCGUUACGGAUAAUGUGUACUAUAAUACAGAUGAUGAUAUUUAUUGUGGGUCUGCCAUUGACAAUAUUUACGAGAGUCUUUCGUGUUAUGAGGAGUAUGAGGUAAAACGAGACGAGGGCAGAGGCUUUGCUCGUUACUAGGCAGAUUGAACUUUCCCCUCCCCGCAUGCCUGGUGAACCGGUCAUCGCUGCCUCGCCUCCUUCAGCACACUUGGCCGCUUUUCACUCUCGCUGUGGACACUGGGACACUGUUGCAACAGCCUGACUGUAAACACUACGAGUAACAGUUGCUUGUUUGUUUUAGCAGCAAAUCAUGUAUUCUAGAGAGCUUCAUGUAUGCUACAUAUUCACUUCACAAUAAACCAUUCCAUGAGAUAGACA